UUCAGGUUACAAGCAUGGCAGGAGUGGUGCUGAAACUUCUCAACACGCUGUUGCAGAAUGGUCUGCUCACUUUGCCCGCUGGGCUGCUCAUGGCCGCACUCUGGUGGUACUGGAACAAUGGCUCUGCUAGUAAGGCGCAAAAGGAGCUACGUCUCGCUGCGCAGCAGUUCAGGAAACUGAGUGCAGCCAUGACCAAAAAUGUGAUUGAGUACGGCGGCGUGGGCGACAGCGAGGAACCAACACACCACGAUCUCGUCCCACCAGCCGUCCCCGCUGACAUCGACCACAUCCUCCUACAGCACAACAGGAGAACAUUAGAAGAUUCCUUCACACGUAGUGUGAAUUUCUACGAACUGAUGAACCAGCGUCGCUCCGUCCGGUUCUUUUCCAAGGAACCUGUAUCCGAGAAAGUCAUUGAGAACCUCAUUAGAACCGCAGGUACUGCACCGUCGGGCGCACACACAGAGCCCUGGCAGUUCGUGGCUGUACGAGAUCCCGACUACAAGCAAAAAAUCAGGGAAAUCGUCGAGAGCGAAGAAGAGAUCAACUACAUGAAGCGCAUGGGCUCCCAGUGGACGAACGACCUGAGGGCGCUGCGCACGACUCACAUCAAGGAAUACCUGACGGACGCGCCGUGGUUGGUGCUGGUCUUCAAGCAAGUCUACACGCCGCUGCCCGAUGGUCGUAAGAGAAACAACUACUACCAUGAGAUCUCCACUGCCUUGUCUGGAGGAAUCCUCUUGGCUGCUAUCCAGAACGCCGGUCUGGUGACCCUGACGUCGACGCCCAUGAAUUGUGGCCCGGCGCUGAAGUCGCUGCUGGGGCGACCUGCCCACGAGAAGCUGCUCUUGCUCCUGCCCGUCGGCCUGCCUAGUGCCACUUGCACCGUGCCCAACAUCCAUCGCAAGAAAUUGAAUGAAAUUCUCACCGUCUUCUAAACAACAUGACCAAGUAUGGUGGUAUAUCACAUACAUUCCUUCACAGUGUGCAAAGUCCGUUCUUCGUUGCAGUAACUUGCUUAUUCGCACAAGCGUUACGUAUAAAAACACGUUAUGAUAAAUUAAAGAUAAUCGCCUUCAAUUUUUUCGGGAUUCAGGCCCAAGAACACACGACUUUGAUACCUCGCUGUAUUAUCUGCCAUUCGACAUGUCCUAUCAGAAACUGGCUUUAUUAAAUUGGUUUAUUAUCAGAAGAAGAAUUUAGGUUUCUUAGUAAUUUUCAGUCGAAAUUUCGAAGCGAGCUAAGUAUAAGUUCUACGUACUGAGCUAUAAUAUGCGUGUAAAAAAGGUGUGUACUGCUUUACGACUGACAGGAGUUAGCGUUAUUUAACAAUGACGAGAUGUUAAUUUAUAGUAGUUUUCUAAGGAUUAAUGUUUUACUUAAAAAAUACAUCAUCUUGGAAAACGACCUAUUACAAAUGUCAGUAAAUAUCUUUUAAAUAAUUUAUUGAGGCUUGAAAAGGUAUCUGCGAGGAAAUUGUGCCUGCAAAAAACUACAAUGUGAAGCCAAAUGUGCGCAUCAUAGAUCCGCGAAUAUUAUUUCAGAUAAAUUGUCCAUUCAGUGCCUUCCGGUACCUACUUAUAAUUCAAAUUCAACUAGAAAUUUUCUUCAGUUUUCAAAUCUUUAAGUAUUUCAAUCAUUACAUGGACUGCGCCUAAGAAAUGUACCUAGAGAAUGACUCUCGCUCUCUUGAUAAACUACUGUACAAUGUUGAUGAGAGACUAGUAUAGUUAACUCUAGCACUUUCUAGCUCAUAAUAAUCGUCGAGAAAGUUGUUUUGAUAAUUAUUUAAUGCAGAAAUGCAACUCUAGUGUUACUAUGUAUGCAAAAUUGUCUAAUUUUCAUGUUAGAAAAUUAUUUGUGUACGCAAAAUCGAUGGAACGUGAAGCCACAAAAUAUAAUGUCAAAUACAUGUUGUUUCUCAUGCUAAGAG